GCACCGGCCCGCAGGGGAGGCGGCAGCGGCGGCGCGCCCGCCGGCAGCGCCCGGCUCCGCUGGGUGCAGUGACAGCGCCCCCCCGGCCGCGCCGGCCUCCGCCUGCCUCCCGCCGCCUCCCGCCGCCUGCGAUGCUCAGUCAUGAAACGCGUACGCACAGAACAGAUUCAGAUGGCAGUGUCCUGCUACCUCAAGCGCCGUCAGUAUGUGGACUCAGAAGGUCCCCUAAAACAAGGGCUGAGGCUGUGUCAGACUGCUGAAGAGAUGGCAGCUAAUCUCACAGUCCAAUCUGAGUCUGGUUGUGCCAAUGUUGUGUCUGCAGCUCCCUGCCUGGCAGAGCCACAGCAAUAUGAAGUACAGUUUGGACGAUUACGCAAUUUUCUGACAGAUUCAGAUUCUCAGCACAGCCAUGAAGUGAUGCCUCUUCUAUAUCCCCUCUUCGUCUACCUCCAUCUGAACAUGGUCCAGAAUGGCCUGAAAAGCACAGUGGACAGUUUUUACAGCCGCUUCCAUGGCAUGUUCUUGCAGAAUGCCAGCCAGAAGGAUAUCAUUGAACAGUUGCAGACUACCAUGACUAUUCAAGAUAUCCUGUCCAACUUGAAGCUCCGGGCUUUUCUGGACAACAAAUACGUCAUCCGCCUUCAAGAGGACAGCUACAACUACCUUCUUCGCUACCUCCAAAGUGACAACAACAACGCCCUGUGCAAAGUCCUGACCUUGCACAUUCACCUGGAUGUGCAGCCUGCCAAGAGGACUGACUACCAGCUCUAUGCCGGUGGGAGCUCCUCACGCAACGAGAGCAACGGCCUGGAACCCAGCGACGUGCCAGCUUCCAUUCUGCAGAAUGAGGCAGCGCUGGAUUUACUGCAGGACAGCAUUAAACGUGUCAAGGACGGGCCCCCUUCCUUAACCACCAUCUGUUUCUAUGCCUUCUAUAACACGGAGCAGUUGCUGAACACGGCAGAGAUUUCACCAAAUAGCAAGCUGCUCGCUGCUGGGUUCGAUAACUCAUGUGUGAAGCUGUGGAGCCUGCGCUCCAGGAAGUUGAAAUCUGAGCCCCACCUUGUUGAUGUGUCCCGCAUCCGUUUGGCGUGUGACAUCCUGGAUGAGGAGGAGGAAGAGGAUGACAACGCAGGCACAGAAAUGAAGAUCCUGAGAGGACACUGUGGACCUGUGUAUAGCACAAGGUUCCUUUCAGACAGUUCAGGACUCUUAUCUUGUUCUGAGGACAUGUCCAUCAGGUACUGGGACCUCGGAAGCUUUACAAACACUGUGUUGUACCAGGGACAUGCCUAUCCUGUCUGGGAUUUGGAUAUUAGCCCCUGCAGCCUGUACUUUGCCAGCGGUUCCCACGAUCGCACCGCAAGGCUCUGGUCGUUUGAUCGGACGUACCCGCUGCGAAUAUACGCGGGCCAUUUGGCGGACGUGGACUGCAUCAAGUUCCACCCCAAUUCCAACUACUUAGCGACGGGCUCCACGGACAAAACCGUGCGCCUGUGGAGCACUCAGCAGGGCAACUCGGUGCGGCUUUUCACCGGGCACCGGGGCCCCGUGCUGGCGCUCGCGUUUUCCCCCAACGGUAAGUACCUGGCAUCGGCAGGUGAAGACCAGCGGCUGAAGCUGUGGGACUUGGCAUCAGGAACUCUUUACAAGGAACUGAGGGGGCACACAGACAACAUAACCAGCCUUACUUUUAGCCCUGACAGUAGUUUAAUUGCUUCAGCGUCAAUGGACAAUUCAGUUCGGGUCUGGGACAUUCGGAACACUUACUGCAACGCCCCUGCGGAUGGGUCUUCCAGUGAACUGGUUGGUGUAUAUACCGGACAGAUGAAUAAUGUACUGAGCGUACAGUUUAUGGCCUGUAAUCUUCUUCUAGUGACUGGAAUUGCACAAGAAAAUCAGGAACAUUAAUUUUGCUUUUUGUCUUAGGGAAGUGGGUGGGUGUCUUGUAUGCCAGAGUCCAUUGCAAACUGAGAUUACUGACUGUGAAACACUUCUCUUCCUCUGCCCCCUUGAAAGGCAUGUUCAGAGUGAUGCAAAUGCUUUAAGAUGUGACAAAAACGCCUGUGCUGUUGAACAGAAUAAGGACAAAAAGGAGGAUUGAUAAAAAUACAUACACGUUCUAAUUUUGUACUUUUAGGAAUGGGAAAAAGGGGAGUAAAUCCAGUAACUUGAGGAAACUGAAAGCCUUGGCCCAGAUAAGUGAAACUGCCAACCAGAUAAGCUGGUGACCUGCACUUAAAUAUCCUUCAUUGAUUGAUGGGCACAUCUUAUCUACUGUUAAUUCGGCUUGAGUGUGUGGAGAACUACUGGCCCAGUGGUUUUUGUUUUGUUUUGCUUUUGCUUUCCUGGUAUUGCAGAGGACCAGCAUUCUUAAGACCCUUCUAUUAAAAGAACAUUAUGUAUUUUCUACAGUGAUAGCAGUCCUAAAUAUUUCAGCUCCCUAUAGCACUUCAGGAAUAUUUUGGACUAAAUAAAUAGAAAAUACCCUUGUUCUUUUUCAGUAAGGGCAAGGAAAUCUGACCUCAGUUGGGGCCCAUCUCUGCAUUGUUGUUUGGGUUUGGUUCCUGGUACUAGCUGUGAUUAUGUGUAUUUAUGUUCCAUUAAUUAGGAAAUUUUCUGACUCUGGUUGCACUGUGUUUUGAGGAUGGGAGGACAGUGGGGUCAGAGUGGUGACUUUAAGAAUAAUGAACAACUUGCCUUGUCUGGAGGGAGGGCACCAUAGAAUGGAAACAGCCAAGUUUGGACUCCUAAUAGAUACAGGGCAUGGCAACCCACCACUGCACCUCACAGAAGGAUUUCCAUAAAUGGAAGUUGGCAGUCUCGGGAGAAGGGGAUGAGGAGAAACACACAAAGUGACAUGGGAAAAAAUAGUAUUACUAAAUUAUUGUGUGUACACAGAGGCAGCUCUGCCAGUGUUGGAUUUUUCUCAAAUGUUGCAAUACCGGUUUCAUGAACAUUUUGUGAGAUAAAUCAUCAGCAUUUACAAGGAUCUGCAGGAAAAGCACGUUCUAGUUUGUCAUUCGGAGAGAUUAAAUAUUUCUGCUUUCUGGAAAGAGUUAUUUUGUAUUUUGUUUUCUAUUAAAAGCAUUUAGUUUAAAAAGAAAAAUAAAAAUUGUUUGGUCCCUUUCUGGGAAGUUCACUCUGACUGGUAUGAGAAGAAGAGGGCAGCAGCUUCCCCUAUACUGCAUGAGACAGACCCACUUGGAGGCUGAAUCUGGUGGUCUCGCUCACUUGGUGUUGUUUUGAUGUCAUCCUGCUUGCUUUCCACAGAGCUGAUGGGACACAUCAUGGAGUGGGAUAUUGAUACAGCUUUGUAGGCCAGCUGAUAUGUAUGGGAAGGAUCUAGGUACCCCCUGGGGUUGACACUGCACUGAGGGGCCUCAUUCUGUAGUACUACAUGACCUUUACUUUGUGGUUUGAUCUGUCAAAAUGCCUCUUUCAAGCAGAUGUCUUCUAGACAGGCUGUGAGUAUUAAAUGAUAAUUCCCAUCAGCUUCCCUCAGCCCUGCUGGAUUUUCAUGAGAAAAUUCUCUUGAACAUCUAAACAAUCUCAGAGUUCAGACAACAACUCACAGUUGCCAUUUUAUUUUAUUGUGUAUUUACAAAACAGUAAAAUACAAAAAUCUUUUACCAAAAAAGUGUUUGACCUUUCUGACAUUAACACUGGCAUGUGCUGCAGCUCAGUGCUGGGAAUACCAGAAACCCCUCUGUACACCUGGAGUUGAAUGGCACUGCUGAUCUUCUGAUGGCUGCAUAUCAGAAGUGUGAAGCAGCUUAAUCUCAGACCAGGAUUGGGCAUGUUGAGGAA